AUGGCUGGCCUGGAAAGUGAAGCGACCUUCACGGCAAGGGCCAUCGAAAUCGGGAUGUCUACUGCUUUCCUGGAGGCGCUGAAAGGGGCCCACAUCAACACCUAUGGGAAGCUUGCGUUCAUCUGCCCGUCCCAGCCUCAGUCCGGUGACGAUACAGCUCUUAAGGAGGCCGUGCUAGCUUUGACUGGAGAUCCGGUGCCCGAGGGCCAGCUGGUCGUUCUUCGCAGGCUCUGGUACGAGAGCCACACGCAUGCUCUUGUGGACAUCAAGGCCAGAUCCGAGCGCACCUCCGACUCCAGUCCGAGAGAGCUCCCGCUAGCGGAGCGCCUGCAGCGCCUCAAGCGCCAACGCGCGGACCUCAAGGGCAUCGUCCUGGAUGUCCGCACCGAGCCCGGACAUGCCUUGGUGGACCGCGUUCAAGCAAUGUUGGAUGCAAAUCAAGUCAUUCUCAUCCCACCUGAGAAGUGCAUCAGCCGCCACGACGAGAUCACCUCGGCCAGGAGUGAAUCGAAGCUCAGCUUCACCCAAGAUGGCAGCAUCAAGCUUACCAAGGCCAUGGCCGACCUUUCGUGUGCCACCUCAGGGGAACUCAAGUUGCGCCAAUGUUUCUUAAGGCGUGCCCUUGCAUUCGACCAAAUCGGCCUUGCUUCCUUCACAGCACUCGAGGCCUGGAACAACCACCUUUUCCAGGCCCUUUUAGAGCCUCCUCCAGCAGGCCACCGUUAUGUGACGGUCCAGCAGAUUCUGGCCGCGGACUCCAAACUGUGGUCGAUCAUUUCCCAAGAAUCGCGAGGCAAUUUGACCGUCGGUGUCGGGCUACCUGCUCCUCUCGAUGCCCUCGUGACUCAGCACAUGCACUCACACCAGGUGCAAGCAUGCAUGACGCCUCUCCCUCAGCCUACAGUUGUCUACCAGCCCGGCAAAGGCAAAGGGGGAGGAGAGGGUGGGGGUCGCGGUAGAGGUCGUGGUGAUGGUAAGGGCUCGGGUAAGGGUAAGACUGAUAACAAAGCUCCUUCCAUGAAGGAUCUCUUGGCCUCCUUGCCUCCUGGCUGCGAGGCCAAGACCGAGGAGGGUCGCUUCAUCUGCCCUUACUACAACAAAGGCCUGUGCCGCUUCCAGAAGAAGAAAUCCUGUCACCGAGGUGCGUUUUGCCGAGUCAAAGUUGGCCUGCGCAAGGCCUGUCGUCUUUUUCCAUGGACUGUCCGGGCUUGCAAUGCCCUGAUCCGUGCCCUCCUCCCGGAGGCCCGUUACACUAGUUUUGUAAUUUUGGAGGGAAAUCCCGGUGCUCCCCACCGCGACUCUCUCAAUGCUUUUUUGCCAAACUAUGUCAUCCCUCUCACUGCCUUUCGGGAUGGCCAACUCAUCGUGGAGCAUGAAUCUGGGAGUGUGCCCUUGAGUCAAGACAUCUCCGGCCCCAAGGGUGUCCUGCUCCCUGUUGCUGAGGGGCCCGUCUCCUUUUGUGCGCGCACCUGCCUCCAUGUGGCUCGCCCCGCCAAGGGCCGGCGUGUUGUGCUUGUAGCCUUCAGUCUGGCCUUGGCCCAUUCCAUGUCGGAUCCGGAUCGCUCCACCUUGUCCGCGCUUGGGUUUCCAUUGCCUGAUGACCAAGCCCUACUCGGCUGUGUGGCGCCCCAACCUAGUGUUCUUGCACUCCCACCGCCAGCCCGGUCCCUCCUGCCGCGGGCCGGUGCAGAGCCUGGGGAGGGCUGCAACUCCCUGCCGCCGCAGGGCCCCUCCCUGGCCGCUGCGCCGUCUUCCGGCCAAACCCCGCUUCUGCUGGAAGUGUGUGCAGGUUCAGCUGUGCUUUCCAAGUGUGCUGCCUCCUCUGGCUGGACCGUUCUUCCUGUUGAUCAUGCCGGUUGCCGUUUCGUCCCUGAGUUGCCUUUGCUUUUCCUUGACCUCCGUAACGAGGAUUGUGCUCGCAUCCUGGAUGGAGCCGUCCCUCCGGGUACCAAGUGCUGGCUCCAUCUAGGGCUCCCGUGUGGCACCUGCUCUCGCGCUCGUGAGCGUGCUCUCCCUACUGGCAACGGUCCUCGACCCCUGCGGGAUCCCGACAAUUUGCUUGGACUCCCUGGUCUCCGGACGGAUGAGGUUGAGCGCGUUGCCUCCGCCAAUGCGAUUUACGCUUCCGGAGUCGCUAUACUCCGCCUUGCAUUCCGCCGCCAAUGGCUCGUGAGUCUCGAAAACCCACUUCGUUCCUGGCUGUGGCCUCUCUUGGCGUCCCUGGUUAAGGCGUCCCGUGAUUCGGCUUUCGUGCGGUGGUACUUUGCCUUGGCUGAUGUCGACUUUGAUAUGUGCGAGCACGGAGGGCCGAGGGACAAAGCCACACGCUUGAAGUCCAGCCCUGGGGUGUUUUCGUCCAUGGCCGUUGCCUGUUCCAAGACUCAUCAGCAUGCCCCUUGGACCCCGGCCCGUCUCGAAGAGGGCUGGUGCUUUCCCACCAAGGACGAAGCCCGCUACCCAGUCCUCCUGUGUGAGCGUUUGCUGGCCUGUGCCCUUCCUGCCCUAAAGGCUUGCCCCUGCCCCGAGAUCCUGCGUGAGCAGCGUGCCCUGCUGCGAGCCCAGGCUGGUUCCCAGACACGCCAUCUGCCACAGCUCGUGCCUGAGUAUGCUUUCCGAUGUGCUGCCUCCGCGGUUCCUGCCGGGCGCGAUUUUAAGAUCCUCAAACCUUCCUGUCUUCAUCGGGGGAAUAAGCCGGAAGCAUCAAGUUCGGAGGACAGUCAACCACCUGCACGGUCUUCGUGCAAACCUCCCGGUAUGAAUGACCCUCCAACUGCAUUGCCCGAAACAGCAGGGGUGUACCACACCAUGGAGGAACACCUUGAUUACGCUCUCAAGGUAACACCCCCAUGUGAUACAGCCAAUGCUCUCCCUGACUCUCUUCGGUGGAAUGUGUUCAGACACCUCAUCUUGGGGCCGUGUGCUAUUGCCAAAGAACGUUUGUCCCAGUACCAAAGCCUCAAGGCAGCGGCUGCGAGGUGCGAGGUUCAAGAGGCCCAGCUUCGCAAGGACAUGAACCCGGAUGUCGAGGCUGUGACCCGCGGAAAGGCCUUAGCCCUCUUCCGUGAGCUCUUGGAGGAGACCCAUUUCCCGGAUGCCGAGGUCAUGAGCAUAAUGCUUAAAGGUGUUCCCCUUGUCGGACCUGAGCCGGACUCGCCCCUAUUUGAUAAAAGACCCCGUCAUGCCACCUUGUCCGAGGCACAGCUACUAGCACAGGCCCAGGCACGCAGAACCGUCACCAUGAGCUCUCGAUCCUGCGUCGAGCCCCGUGAUGUCAAGGUUCUCGAAGAUGAGACCCAAAAGGAGCUCGAGGCGGGGUACCUUCAAGGGCCCUACCACACAGAGGAGGAGGUCACUCAGGCCCUAGGCACCCCUUUUUGGAGUCUCAAUCCCCGCUUUGCCCUGAAUCAAGGUGAGGACCAAAAGGUCCGAGUAAUAGAUGACUUCAAGGCCUCGGCAGUAAACCAAGCCUUCAGCUCUUCUUCUUACCUUGACCUUCACGACGUCGAUUUCACGACCGCCCUUCUGAAGCUCCUGGCAGCCCAGACCAGCAGGAAUGGGCCUGUGGAGAUUCUCCUUUCAGACGGCACGGUCCUGAGGGGUGAGCUCCAUCCAGAGUACAGAAGCAAGCCUGCUCUGCUGGGGCGGACUGUCGACCUGUCAAAAGCAUACAAGCAAGUAGCCAUCGAGCCCAGCUCUGCCAAGCAUGCCGUCCUGGGCUACCCCACGGCACCUGGGAAAUGGAAAUACCUAAUCUCAAAGUCCCUCCCCUUUGGGGCGGGGGCCAGUGUGUUUUCGUUCAACAAAGUUGCAAGAGCCCUAUGGCAUAUACUUGUCGUCAAGUUUGGGGCGCUCUUGUCCAACUUUUACGACGAUUACACAUUCCUUGAGUUCCAGCCUGGUGCUUCACUGAUGUCCAAGGUUUUGGAAACCCUGUUGACUCUUUUGGGAUGGGUCUUCGCCAAAGAAGGGAAGAAGCACGUUCCGUUCGCUCAGACGGUGGUUUCUUUAGGUGUACGCUUUGACUUGACGAGAUUCUGGGAGGGGUCUUUUGAGGUCGGCAAUAAGCCAGGCCGCCUGAAAAGGAUCCUUGAGAUGCUUCAGCCAAUUGCGGAUGGGAAACCCGCGACUCGCGUGCAGCUGGCGUCGCUGCAUGGUCAUCUCAACUUCGCGGGCGGGUAUGUUUUGGGAUUCGCACUGAAGCCUGCUGCCCAGCUGCUGAGCCGCAACCUGUAUGGACCCAAUGGCGGACAAGGUCCUGAGCUUGCUGACGCCGCUAGAGCUGCCAUUGCCGCGAUUCGCUCAAGCAGGCCCCGAAUCUGUCGAGCUCCGAGCGGUAGGAAUCUUGUGCUCUACACUGAUGGCGCCUUUGAGAACGGGAUUGGCACCUGGGGAGCGCUGGUGUGUGACCCGUGUUCGGGAAGACGCAUGCUGUUCUCGGGACAAGUGCCCCGCCCCUUGAUACAGCACUGGCUUCGCAGUGCUGGCAGUCAGGUCAUUUGCCAGGUCGAGGCUUAUGCUCUAAUGGCUACCCUCUACGGGCUUAGGGGUUCGGUGAAUGAUCGCUUGAUCCUUGCCUUCAUCGACAACGAGGCCUGCCGCUACGGCCUCAUCAAAAGGGCGAGUCCUGCUGUUUCUAUGGCCCGGCUAAUGGCCAUCAUCUCUUUGGUGGAAACUUCUAUAGGGUGCAGUCUCUGGAUUGAACGGGUCCCUUCCAGUUCGAAUCCCGCGGACCUGCCUUCCAGAUUGAGAGCUGCUGAAGCCGCCCAGCGUUUUGCGGCUCUAGAUAAGGGUGAUGUGCCUGUCACCGCCAGCAUGAUGGACUUGAUCCUUGCGGACCACUAUGAUCCCGACACAGCGGUUGCUAUCGCUAGUGCAAUCCAGUUUGAAGCCGAUGCGGUAUCGGCCAUGCGAGAAGUGUUCAAGUCCGAUUUCGGGUUGGAUCCAAGUGGCAACAUCGAGCUGCGCAAAGAGAUCGCUCUCCUGCUAUCCGUGUGGGAGAGUUCUCGCAUGCAGCUGAAAUGCCAAGAACAGAAUCGUCAGGAUUCCAAGCUAGGUGCCAGCAAAUCCCUGAUUGCGGCAAAGCUGGAGCAGAUCGAGGAUGGGGCGCCUAUCGCGGAGGAUUUGCGAGAAGUGACAUCUCUGGAAGACUCACAUGUGGAGGCAUAUGGGGCAGUCAUUGAUCCUGCCUCCCAGACAUUGCGCAUUCGCCCCGGCAAAUCUAUGACAACUCCUCCGGCCGGACCUGAAGACCUUCGUCUGCGGCAUCGAAGGUUGGGCUUAGCUUGGGACUUCGUGAAAUCCCGCCACUCUACUCGCACUUGGUUGCCCAAGUCGUGCGUGGAAACAUUCCGUUUGCUUUCUGACCACAUGCUUGGCACGCAUGUUGCGGGCGUUAAAACUGCCGACGGCAGCACUGCGCCCUGGUCGCAGGUGCUUGCGUAUGAGCUCGAGUUACGCAAGGCUGCGUACCGCUUUGUUCGUGAUGGGAAAUGCUCCUGCUUGAACUCUGCCAUUGAGAAAGCCAUUGAUUCGUCCGACUUGUUGAGUCUGCAUUUCAUCAUCCCCAUCACGCUUGGCAAGACGCAGAGUGGCCUUGGCGAGGAGGAGCAUGCUUUUCCUCCGCCUCCUGCUCCCCACCCAUUCGGCCGGAGCAAAGGUGCGGGCAAAGGCAAGCAGAUGCCAGCCUGGGAGCGCCAAUGGGGCAAAUCCUCACGCACACCUGAAGGCAAAUUGAUCUGCUUUAAGUACAACAAGCAGGGUGGCUGCCCGGCAGGGAAAAAGUGCAAGUUCGAGCAUGUGUGCCAGCGUUGUCAUCACCGUCAUCCGUUCUUUGAGUGCCGGUACAAGAAUGCUGCCAAGCAGACAGGCAAAGAUGAUUCUCACGUCGCCGUGGGCAAACGCGGGCUUGAUAGUGAAGAAGCACUUCCUACGGAAGAAUGGCAAUGGGAGCGAACCGGUGAAAGUGCAUGGCAGCAGCAGCGAAGCGAUGAUGUCUUAGAAGUCAGCUCUGAUGAAGACGAAGAUGGUCACGUGAAGCCUUUGCUGGGCGACACACCGUCACUGGGGUUCGCCGAGAGACUUGGUGAAGAACUGCUUAAGAUCCUGGUCAGACAUAUGGACUUGAAGAGCUUGGCAGCCAAACUGGUGGAGGGGAAGAUCGCGGCUAAUCCCUUUAGCUCGAGCCUCAUUGCAGAAGGACGGGAACUACUCUUCACUGCCUUGGAGUACACUGGCGCCAAGCUUCCAGUCAGAGAAAAGCCAGAAGGCCAACCCUUCUACCUGGCAGCUAUUGAAGAGCUGCUCCGUAUCUCGGGUGACCCCGACAGCAGGGUUUUCUUUUCUUCCAGCGUCUCGUUUGCAAAAGGCGUGCGUCUAGGCCCUGGAGCCACCUUGCCGCGUGUGCCUGCUGUGUUCGAGAAGAAGGAGAAAUGGCGAAAAUACGAUGUCGAGUCUUGUCCGUCCGAUGUGGAGCGAGAGAACUACUUGUCGGCAAGGGAGCGUGCCAACGAGGUUCACAAGCAGUUUCAAGCAGAGGCAGACGCUGGAGCCAUGAUCGAGGAUGGGUCGCAUCGCGUUGUGCACGAUGGCACACAUACGCAUGGCAUUACAGUGAAUUCGGUCAUCCGUGUGCGAGAUCAGCUGCGGUCGCCGUGCGCAGGCGAAUUGCGCAGAGCGUUGCAAGAGCUAUCUGGGCCAUGUGUUGGACUGACUGGAGAUGUGGAGCGCGCCCAUAGGCUGGUCAAAAUUGCGCAAGAAGAUUGGGGCCUUCAAGCUUGCAAGACUGGAGUCGGUGGUCAGGACAAGCUUUGGCUAAACAAAGUGGGGACGUUCGGGAUAUCCAGUGCCGCGUAUCAUUGGUCACGUCUCAUGUCUGGACUGGGUCGCGCAGCUUUCUACAUGCUUGGGAAAACAGAAAUCUUCAUGCUCGUGUAUGUAGACGACCUGCUGUGGCUGGUACGAGUCGGUGAAGAGGGCAUGGAGAAGGUGUGCUUGGUGAUCUUUUUCUUUGUGCUACUGGGGCUACCUUUCUCCUGGCGUAAGUUCCGAGGGGGCGACGAAUCUGGUUGGGUCGGAAUUGAGCUCAAUCUGAGAGAGAGCAAGCUUGGGCUUUCUGUGCAGCGUGCACAGUGGCUUGUGCGCUGGCUUGGCCGGACCUCUGUGGAUGAGAGUGUGAAGAUUGCUGAUGUCAGCGCAGUGUUGGGACGCUUAUCUUUCGCGUUGUCUGCGUUGGGACACCUUCGACCCUUUUUAGGACCAGUGUAUGCCUGGAUUGCUGUCCUGGACCAUCGACGCAGCUACAAGGUACCACGUGCAAUCUCAUUGAUCUUCAAGUUCUUGGCAAAGGCGUUGGGUGGAGAGGGCAGAAUGAUCAGUGCUGGUAGGCCUCAUGCCACAGAGAAGGAGCUCUUCCGGACGGACGCGAAAGCUGAAGGGAACGAAGUUUGGAUCGGGGGCUGGGCGCUGGAUUCAGAGGACACUAAGCAGUGCCGGUGGUUCUCCGAGCGGCUAGACCACAUCUCUGCGCCGUGGGUCUUCCUGGCAGGUGAAUCUUAUCGACAGAUUGCGUCCUUGGAACUGCUGGCUACCUUGGCGGCAGUGGUGUCAUUUGGAGUGCCGCCUGGAGAGAAUUGUGGCUUCAUGUGCUCGGCGGCCACAGACAAUCGAGGAAACAGCAACCUUGUCGCGCGCCUCCUCACCACAAAGUUUCCUUUGUGCGUCCUGUUGAUGGAGCUGGCAGUGCAGCUGCAAGACAGAGGAGCAGACCUCAAGCUUCAUUGGCUGCCCCGACUGCAGAACGAGGAAGCCGACUCCCUCACCAACGGCGAGUACAGCAGAUUCGACAGCAGACGGCGAGUGAGAUUCGAUUUGAGUUCCUUCAAAGGGCUGGUAAUGCAAGAUCUCAUGUGUGCGGGAAUGGAUCUCUACGAGGAGGUACGCAAUUCACGAGCUCACAAGUCUGCGGUAAGCAGAGCCAAGCAACCCAGGUCACGUGUUGCGUACGAGGGGCUCGUCUUUGCUGCGUCGCUUUUGGUAAGUGCUUUUGGUAAGUGGUGGUUUGCGGUGAUUGAUCCCGCAGACGGCCAAGCCAGUCCCAGCUGCAGAGAGACAACGUCGAAUGGAAAUUCUCUGGUGGGGCUCCAUGUCAGUGAGUCGCUCGAGCCCGGCCACGCGCUUCUUGACUUGGCUGCCAAAAUGGAACAAGAGAACCAGAUCCAGUUCAUCCCGCCCGAGAAGUGUGUGUCGCGGCUCCACGAGGUCAUGAAUGUCAAGACGCCAACUAAGAUCGUGGAAUUGGAAGCGUCGCGAUUAGUGGUAAAAGAGGAGAGUGCGGGGCUGGAACAGCCCGCGUCGAGCGCUUUGCAGCUCCAAGAGCUGGCAAAGGUUCUGGAAAGCGUUCGGGAAGAGGCUCAGGAAGAAUUUGUCGCGGCCGGAGCAGUGGGCACGGAUGGAUCUGAGAUUUGCUUUGGCUACAGCCUCAACAAGUGUACUGCCAAGGUGGAAUCGAGUCCGCAGCGACCUAUGUCGGAUUCGUCUCAGCUGGAUGUCGCCAUCACGCCUGCAAAGCCAGGUUCUCGUGCAAAAGACUGGGAGGAUGAGCAGUGGCGCUUGCUGGCGGAUUCUUGGGUCGGGCUUCUAAUGCCCUUUCUCGCUUCGUCGCCUUUCUUCAAGGACCUUGGCGAGCUUGCUCUGGAUAGCUUGUGGAAAGUCUUGCGUGGGAAAGCUGCGGGAACUUUGAGGCGGCGCUUGUCAGGAUUUAAGCUUUGGAUGGAUUUCAUCUAUGGCAGGGAGAUUGUUACGGCAAAUGCGUCAGUUAGCGUGUUGGUCAGCUUCUUGGCUUGUAUUCAGCAGCGGCGGAGCGCGAGCAAUGCACCAGUGACAUCCUUGAAAUUCGUGGCGGGAAUUCUUGGUUGGGAUAAGCUGCUGUCGUGCCUGGCAAAUCCUGUGGUCGCUGCCUGGACUGGCUCUUAUGGCCAAAAGGAAGCUCGCAAGGAAGCGCUGCCACUACCUCUAAGCGCCGUCGCCAACUUCGCGCGGAGGGUGCUGGAGAGCAUGGGCCAGGAAGAGGGCCUGGAUGGAGAUGGGUUGCUGACCGUGGCCUUCCUGAUCAUGAUUUGGGCAGCGUUGAGGUUUAGUGAUGCGCAGCGGGUCUCCGUGAAUGAGAUGGACAUUGUAGAGGGAAUUUUGAGAUGCUGUUGCUGGCGUACGAAGUCUUCACGCACGCCUAUGCCUUGGGGUUGCUUGACAGUUGGGGUCUGCGGUGACUGGACGCCGGCAGUGGCGCUGCUGCGACAGCGACUGGGAGUGAGGCGACUGUUGGUGAGCGUUGGAAAGCUACCAGUGGAGGCUGUGGGUGUCUACACAUUGCAUAGCUUGAAGAAAUAUGGGCGUGAAGAUGUGCUUCCGGCGCUGCGGGGCCAGCUGGCAGUGGUCCAGGCUAUCUGGGGAGGUUGGGUGCCGUUAACGCCACAAGUGCGGGGUGCGCGGAGACCCGUCCCAGAGUGUCGUUUGGCCUUCAAGACGGCGAAGUUGGAAACCAUCCCUAUGGGUUUGAGUGCAGCGGAAAGGUCAGAGGACGACACGGAUGCCGAGUCUGAGUCGGAUGGAUCGACCAUCUCUUCUUGCAGCUCUAGCGUGUCCGAGGAGAUGGAGGCCGCCUGCUGCGACGAAGAAGAUGAUCAAAUUUCAAGGGGUCAGCUCCUGCAAGAUAUGUACGUGGUGAACUGCCUGAGCGCUAGGUUUCAUGCUGCUGUGAUUUUGGACUGCGGGGUUGUGAGAAGGGCUUGCGCACCUUCCAAGGAUAUCGAUGAUUUGCACUGGCAGGUUUGGAAGGAGGUGAAGCAACGCCUCCAAAGCCGUGGGUUCACUACGGCGGCUGAGCUGUACUGGACACUACAGGGUGGUGCAGAGGAAACCUUCAGGGCCGUUCUGGAGUCUGCCGGAGUGGACAUAGGGGCUGCUCCAUCCGUGCUUCAAUGUUUGGAAGCCGGCAGACUGAGACGCUUGCUCGCUGUUUGCAAAAGCCUGUGCGCGGAGCCGAACGCUGAGAUCGGGACAGUUGCAGUAAACUCGGAGGCCUCCAACUUGCUGGGGGUCCCCCUGGGGCCUCAAUUGGAUGGGGCCAAGCUGAAGCAGCUCUGCAAGGCGUUUGAAUCCAGCUAUCCUGCGGAGGCGCUGGAAUCGGAUGGCCAGCCGUGCAAGCAACUCGUGCAGCAAAUCAUGUUGCAGAAGAAGAAUGCCGAGCUGAAAUUCAUUCCUUGGAAGCAGAUCUUGUCGGUGGUGCACGUCUUUCUUGCGCUGGUGGAGAUUUCAGCUUCGCCGUUUGCGGUCCAGAAGGUGUUGUGUCUUCGGAGCGUUGCCUGGGCGCUUGUUGAUUGGUGCCACCUGUCUUCCGGAAAAAUUUUAGCGAACAAGUUCAUGAUGCUGUAUCACCGUGUGGGCUUAUCUGAGAUGGGUCUGCGGCCGCCGACCCUGGCUGAAGCUGAGAGUGCCGAUGCGGAGCUUUGCCGCCAGCUUAAUGAUCUGCUGGGCCAGGGUCACAGUUUGGACAAGGCAAUCCACGAGGCGGUGGUGGUGCGGGAUAGCCUUCGCAUGUGGCUCCAGCCGCGCCCGAAGCUGCCGUCGGAAAAGAAGCGCUUUUCCCCCUACGGUGCGGAGUCAAAGGGGAAAGGUCGUGGCGCUGGCGGCAAGGGGCGUGGGGGCAAGGGUCGUGAUGGAAAAGCGUUCCACCUCCUUUCGCUCUAUGUGAUCCUCUGGCCUGUGUUAGAUGUGCGAUUUGGGGCUCAAUGCCGGCAGAUGCGUGCCGUAGGCGCGGCAGCUCUACCGGGCAGAGUGUUGGAGCGGCCGUUUUUCUCAGAUGAGGAGGUGCACACCAUGCGGGCUUCCGUCUGCUCUGCGUUACAUGUGGAUUUGGAUUGGGCAACGCAGCGUUUUGAGCUCACGCCGUACAAGCUGAACUUAUUGGAGUCGCUGGCCAAGCGUAUGGAUGAUCCGGAUGUGCCCUUGUGCGAAGUGCUGAGACGUGGUGCGCCCACUGGUGUGCGAGAUGGAGGCCCUCCUCCGUUGCGUUCCGCGCAAUGGCCCGAUGGGCUGCCCGGAUUGAGCCAAGUUGAUGAGUUCAGAGUGCAGCAAGCCAACCUGUGCUACCAGUUGGUUGCUGAUGUGGUGCGUUGGUGUCUCAAGAAUCAAGAGACCGCCUAUCCCUCGCAGCUGGCAGCUGGCAUAGCGCUGGCUUUCAUCAAGGGCAUGGUCUCGCGCGGUUGGGAUGGGGCCAGGGUUGCGUUGAACAUAGAUCGGGACAAGCUAGCCGCAGCAGCUGAAAGAGCCAUCGCAGGCGUUCAGAGCAAGGCUUCCAGGUUCCCUGCUCCUGUGAGUGAACACAAGAUGGUGGUAGUUCUGCGUUCGCGACGGCCUUUGACUUGUCCUUGCGAGCCUGGAAAGCGCCUCGAGCAGCCAUUUCCGCUGCCUGCUGGUGUCCACGCCAUUUGUUGCUUGUGUUCCUGCGAAGAGUCAGCUACAGCUGGGUCUAAAGUUGAAGCCGAGCAGUUGUCAUUUGAGCAAGCGUGGGGCAUACCGCAUUCUGAAGCCGAGUUUGUCGAGGCUGCUGUGAAAGCAGGCCACCCGAGCAGCUUCCGCGAGGCGCUGCCAGAUGUGCUUCAGAAAGCAGUAAAGUUGAAUGAGACAAUGGACGAUGCAGACCUUGCAAAGAUGAGGACUCACUGGAUCCGCAAAUGGGCUAAAAGGGCAGAACAACUUGCACCCGAAGAAGAAGAAGAGCUCAAGAAGACAUUGCAUCCUUCCUGCAGAGCCAUCUUAGAGCCAAAGCGCUUGCUGCUUUACAAGGAAAUCCUCACAGAGUGUAACUACCCAGACCCGGGUGCGUUCGAUGAGCUUCUACAGGGCACGCAGCUUACUGGUGAAGUACCCAUCACGGGGAUCUUCACGCCUACAUUCAAGCCUGCCAAAACAACUGUAGAUCAGGUCAAGAGGGAAGCCAGCAGCAUCCGCUCAGGGGUGCUUUCGAAGGUCCGACCAACAGGAGAGCUGGAUGCGGAAGUGAUGAAAAAGACAUGGGAAGAGUGCAAUGCCGGAUGGCUUGAAGGGCCGAUUCCGCUCAGUGAGCUGGAAAGCAGCGCGCUUGUAAGCCGUAGGUUCGGCGUUGUGCAGGGGUCUAAAGUAAGGGUCAUAGACGACUUCUCACUGGGAGGGGUGAACGGCACAGUGCAAGUGGCCGAGACUCCACGGCCACACGCCACUGACAAAGUGGCCGCCCUCUGCCUUGCACUGCUUGCAAAGUGUGGUCGUAGCACCGUGCUCGGCCGCACGUUUGAUCUCAAGUCUGCUUACCGUCAGCUUGCAGUGUCGCCGGAGUCCUCCUGGGCUAGCUAUGUUGCCUGUUGGGAUCCGGCAAUUCAGGCGCCACGGAUCUUCCGUAUGCGAGCGCUCCCUUUUGGCGCGAGCCGUGCAGCGUACGCGUUCCUUCGCGUUGCCAUGUCUUUGUGGUUUGUUGCGGCUGACCAGCUAGCGAUACCCUGGACAUCUUUCUUCGACGAUUUCGUGACCUUUGCCCGGGGAGCAGGAAGCACACACUUGCAGCGUACUGUUGAAGCCUUCUUUAAGCUCCUAGGAUGGGGUUUCGCAGAGAGUGGAGAUAAGGCACAGCCUUUUGCGUUGAGUUUCCACGCGCUUGGGAUAAAAGUUGACCUCAGCAAGUUUUGCGAGGGUUCCGUACUCUUCUCGAACACAGAGAAGCGCAUCUCAGAGCUUAGGGACACGUUCCAGAAGAUCCUCGAAACAGGGCUGCUGCCUCAAUCCUUCGCCCUGAAGCUUAGGGGUCGUAUGCAAUUUGCGGACGGCCAGCUCUUCGGAAGAACCGGUAAAGCAUGCAUGCGAACCAUCACAUCCUUUGCGUAUGGCGACGCCGGCCCGGUGCUCACGCCAGCCACUAG